CAUUCUCAGGCCGGAAACUGUUAAUAAGCGGACAGAGAAUAACAGAAAAAAGUGGCCGCAGAAUCUUCAUCCAUCCUCCCGAGAUUCUCUAUCCGGUGGAAAUAUAUCGAUAUAAGUGAUCAGAAUCGACAGCUACACGUUCAUUCGAAACAGACGGUACUGAAGAAGAGGUGCAAAGAAAAAUUUCCAUACUCGAUGACAUUACAUCGCAAUGUCCGAUCGUUUGGGGCAAAUAACCAAGUCCAAGGAUGGGAAAAGCAAGUAUUCCUCACUCAGCCUAUUUGACAAGUACAAAGGAAAGUCAAUAGAAACUCAGAAAACCACAGUUGUUGCUCGACAUGGCUUACAGAGUCUUGGCAAAGUGGCCACUGCCCGACGCAUGCCCCCUCCCGCUCACCUGCCGAGCCUGAAAUCUGAGAAUAAAGGAAACGAUCCCAACGUCAUUAUCGUGCCCAAAGACGGUACAGGAUGGGCAAACAAGCAGGAUCAACCCGAUCAAAAGAGUUCCGUUGCAUCAUCAGCACAGCUGCAGGAGUCGCAGCCGCCGCUGGCUUUACAGAAAUCUGUGUCCAAUCUUCAGAAACCCACGCCAAUAACCAACCACGAGAGCACAAGCACAGGUGGACCAAAGCAAUGGGCUCAACUCAAUGGAAAGGCAGUCGAUCCAGAUGGUUUAAAGGUCUCAAGCCGACUGCAGCCGUUCUCUCACGAGGAGUUUCCGACGCUGAAAGCAGCAGGAGAACAGGACAAGGCUGGCAAGGAAAGAAGCAUCUUCGAUCCGUCGUAUGGGCCCGGACCAAGCCUCCGCCCGCAGAAUGUGUCGAGCUGGAGGGAGGGAGGUGGGAGGAACCUGCAGCCAUCGGCUCUGUCUGCUGUUCUCUCAGAUACAGAAAACAAGAGCAGCAGCACCUCAGCCGAAGCAGCUCCCCUUCCUCCUCCUCCUCCUCUCCCCUCCUCCUCCUCCUCUACUGCAGCAGCUCCACUGCUGUGUGAAGUGAAGGAGCCGACACCGCGACCUGCUCAGCCUGUGCGCCGGCCCACUCCAUCAGCCCUGCAGUACCAGCAUCACAAAACCACCACCUACCAUGACAUGCUGCCGGCCUUUAUGUGCCCUAAAGACACUCGUGAAGCUCCAGGCUCCUCAGAUCACGGCCCCGCCACUGUUGCCCCUGUGCGCUUCGAUUCCAGGUUCACUUAUAGACCAGCCAUCCCUGCACCAGAGCCGGUCAAUGGUGAUUUAAAGAGAGAAAACCGCAUCCCUCGAAUCCCCCCACGCCCCUCCUCUCGUCCGAUCCGCCGGCCAGGAGAUAGAGCGCCCCGUGCUGCCAUAAUCAACCCUGAUGACCUGAAAGACCUGGAUGAACUGGACAACGACUGUGAAGACGGCUGGGCAGGACUUCAUGAGGAAGUGGAUUACAGUGAGAAGCUGAAGUUCAGCGAUGAUGAGGAAGAUCACUCCAUAUGUGUGAAGAAUAAGAUCUGGGAUGACUGGGACAAUCAUCAGGAUCAUCAUUCAUCUCAGAGCUCAGGAGAAGGUCCGUACCUGCAGGACACUGAGGACACAUUCACACGUCAGCCAGAACCAUUGCUCUCCAGAAAGCCCAAUGGACCCGUCGUCUCUAUUGAAUCUCAGCACCAGCAGAAGAACUGUGUAAACAGUGAGUCCACGGAGGAGCAGGAAGAGCCGCACCGUCAGGCGCCACCUCGAGGGAAGUUUGUCUCGGCUGACACCUCUGAAGCCGUGGAGAGGGCGCGCAGACGACGCGAGGAGGAGGAGAGGAGAGCCCGUGAGGAGAGACUCGCUGCCUGUGCUGAGAAACUCAAAAAAUUGGAUGAGAAAUUUGGCAAGACUGAGAAACCCACACGCUCUGGAGAAACAGAGAGCAAAGAGCUGAUGCAGUCUCCAGGCAGGAAGUCCUCCAAGCAACUCCAGGACAGCUGGCAGUAUGGCAAUAAAGAAGUGCCAGAGACACCUGCCGAGUCAUCCGGUCAGGAGUAUAAGGAUGAAGGCUGUAACUACCACAAUGAAGAUGAUGGUCCGGAGCCCACCUCUCCACUCUCUGACUAUAGUCGGUAUCAGAAGCCUGUACCGCCCCGAUUCCAGAAACAGCAGCAGGAGCAGGUGUAUAAGAUGUCAUCAUGGCAGCAGUCAGGUCACCCCACCCAGUCCAGCUCUGCUCACCCACAGAGAAGCUUUUACCCUCCUCAUGUGCUGGGCUUUGACCCGCGCUGGAUGAUGAUGCCCCCCUACAUGGACCCCCGCAUGGUGCAAAGGUGUUCUCCUGUCGACUUCUACCCUACCGGGGUCCAUUCAUCUGGACUGGUGAAACCUGCGAUUCAGCAGGAUCACAUCAAUAGCCCCAGCUCUGCUUCUGAUGAAGGCUGCCAUCCCAGCAUGCAUCAGCAGAGGAGAGCACCAUCCACUGAGCCUUACCAAGUGUGGAACCAAGACAGCUACCCCUCUGCCCGCAGUUUCACCCCACCCUAUCAGAGACAGCAUGAGAACGGCGACAGGAAUCAGGCAGAUGACAGGAGCGACAGGUCGAGCUCCAGGCAUGACUCUGAGGACAGAGGUCAUGAACGCGUGGACAGUCCUGCAGAGGAAAUUACCUAUCAAAGGUUCCGUCAGAGCAAAGGCUCAGAUGUGUCGCUUGGCACACAGCGAGAGGUUCACCAUGAAGGGUCCUCAGCUUUGGGCAGGGCUCAUCAUGGAGACACUGACUUCUCUAAAUCAGACCACAGGGACGUCUCCUCUAGUAGACAUAAAGACACAGAGUCCCGUGAUGAGGGCUUUGACAGCAAGGACAAGAGCUAUGACUCUGACUUCUGGAGGAAAGACAGAAAGGAAGGCAGUGGUCUAACCCAGUGGUCUGAUCAAGGGUCCAGCAGCAGUAGUGUUAGUCAGCCGUCAGAGUCCAGUAGCAGAACUUUCAGGAGGACCGGACCCAUCAAGAAACCCGUGCUGAAACCCUUAAAGGUCGAAGACAAAGAGAACGAGAGACCCAAAUCUGAACCAGAGGAAAAGCCUGUCCCUUAUAGGCUAGAGAAGGAAGUGGUCACUAACGUCUAUGACCUGAAGAAAGAUGCUCCACUUCAGUCUAACAGACACUCCGCGCCACCGCCUGUCGCCUCUACUGCAGAGAAACAAGCAGAACCUCCAAAAGUCGAGAAAGCAACAACCCCACCUGAAGAGUUGCAUAAUGAGAACUGCUGGGAUGGCCUCAAGUCUCAGUCUGUAGAUGCCCCGGAGAGCAGAGAACCGUCAGCAGCACGCCGCAACAACUGGAUAUUCAUAGAUGAAGAACAGGCUUUCGCCGGGGCCAGAGGAGCAGGUCGAGGACGUGGGCGUGGCUUCAGAGAGUUCAACUCUCGUGGUGGAGCUCGUGGAGGACGCAAUGACAACAACAGAGCAGCCUAUAACAACACCAGCAUGCAAAGACCCUCUCGAGGACGUGGUGACAGAGAAUUUAGAAACGAGGACCUGCAGCGAGGCAAACCCCGCAGACGCAACGUCAGUGAGACACACAGCGAAGCCUCUGAAUAUGAGGAGCUGCCCAAACGACCGCGGCAGAAGACUGCUGAGAAUGGAGAGGCUUCGUACCCCGUGUCUGUAGAUGUCAAGAGGGCCGACCGAGAGUCUUGGAGAUCAAACAAGGUCUAUAUGGAUGAUCAGAGCACCAGCAGUGAUUCCAGGGACAAGAUGAAAUCAACAAGAGUGUUUGGAAGAUCUUUACCCCCUCGCCUUAACGCUGGAUACAACCGUGGAUUUGGAUCGAGGGACAUUUCUACUUGGAGAGGCAGAGGAAGUCAGUUUGGAAGCAAUGCCACACAAGAGAACGGAUACAACUUCAGUUCAGAAUCCUAUUCCAAACGCUCAUCGGAGCGUGAGCCCCUGAAAUACCCCUCUAAAUUUACUGGAUCUUUUGUAGAGAAUGGCGUUGAGGACAGAGAAGGAAGUUACUAUGUAGAAAACGAUAAUCCCGACAGACCGCUGAGGCGGCGGCGUCCUCCGCGCCAAGAUAAACCUCCACGCUUCAGACGUCUACAAGAACGUGAAGUAGGAGGUCAGUGGAAUAGUGAGGAUUAUGUAAACGGAGACUUUACCAAUCCAUGGCCGGGUCGUUCUAAGGGUGGAGAGGAGCACUGGCCCAACCACUUCUCAGGUGGAAGGUCACAGGAGGUCACGGGUCAGGUUGAGGACUGGGAGACUGGGUCUGAGAACAGCGACUUCAGUGACUGGAGGGAGAAGCGAGGAGGAGGGCCGCAUGGUGACGCGCUGACAGAGGCUGGUCAUGGUGAAGCCGGUUCUGAGAAGAGAGAGCUCUCCAAACGGAGCUUCUCCAGCCAGCGGCCUGUUGUUGACAGGCAAAACCGCAAGACUGAAGUGUCUAUGGAGAACAACAAGAUGACCCGUUCGGCAGACGCCCCAUCUAGUGCAGGUUCCUCCAGUAGAAAUGAGAGCUGGCAGAACAGCAUUGCUUCCAACAGCAAACGAGUUCCAGAAGAAUCGGUCCAGGGUCUGAGCUCAACUUCUGUGUACAGUGUGGAGCAUAACGAUGACAGUAUUUCUACCAGCAUGUCUGAAUCCACAGGAAAGAUCAUUGAGAAAGAACUGAAACCCAGAAUUAUGAAGGGGGACAUGACAGAGUCUCUGUCCCAGUAUGACCUCAACAGUUACCCAAUUGAGAGUGACUCUGGAGCUUCUUUACCAUGUCCGGAGGUGUUUCAGGACGUUCUGUCCAAAAAACAACGGCGCCCUCAGGAAGAUGAGCGCAGGAGGAAAGAUCAGGGUGCUGCAGUUUCGGUAAAGAACAGAACGAUCACUUCAAAAAUGCCACCUCGUUUUGCAAAGAAGCAGGGCAGCAUGUCCAUCGAGCAGCCUGAAGAGACACUCUCCAGCAACUUGGGCACAGAAAUCUGGGAGACCAACAGCUCAGCUCUGACUGUCCAGUCAUCAGGUGGCGAUUCAUGGACUAAACAGGUGUCCUACACGGGGAGUGAGCCCAAUUCAGAGGAUUCAGACGCUGGACCUGAGCAGAGUAAAGAACACAAACCUGGCCCCAUCGGUAACGAGCGCUCGCUGAAGAACCGUAAGGGCUCUGAGGCAAUGGAGCGUCUUGAGGGACCCAUCACCCCCGUAAAUGGAGUGGACCUUCAUGUGGACAAUGUCAUUCCUGUGCCACCCAUUGAGUUUGGCGUCAGUGCAAAAGAUUCAGACUUCAGCCUUCCUCCGGGGUCCACGCCAGUUCCAGUGUCCAACCCUGUUACCAAGCUGCAGGAUGCACUUGCUGGGAAUGCGGGUCUGACUCAAGCCAUCCCGAUGCUGCGUAGAGACCAUCUGCAGCCUGGAAUAAACCUCAACCCCAUCAGCUUCCCAUCCGCUGACCUCACACUCAAGAUGGAGUCUGCUCGUAAGGCGUGGGAGAACUCUCAGUCUCUCCCAGAGCAGGGCUCUCCCGGUGGCGUGGGGUCUGGAACUCAGCCGGCCUGCACCGUGGGCUCCUCCAGCGGCGUCAGCUACAGCUCGUUCGGUGGCGUCUCCAUGCCACCCAUGCCUGUGGCAUCUGUUGCUCCCUCCGUCUCCAUGCAAGGCAGUCACAUUCCCCCACUGUAUCUGGAUGGUCAUGUGUUUCCCAGUCAGCCACGGCUCGUGCCUCCAUUGACGCAGCAGCCCAGUUACCAACAGGGGACCCCUCAGCAGAUUCCCAUCUCUCUGCACACGUCUCUUCAGGCUCAAGCCCAGCUGGGUUUACGUGGAGCUCUUCCUGUAUCUCAGUCUCAAGAGAUGUUCAGCUCCAUCCCUCCAUUCAGGUCUCAGGUGUACAUGCAUCCAAACCUGUCUCAGCCCAGUGCCAUGUUGCUGUCUGGAGGAGCUCCUCUCAAAGGGCCGUACUCUGCGUUCCCCGGCAUGCAGCCAUCAGAGCUGGUGAAAUCACAGUCUGGAUCUCACUAUCAGCCUAUUAACGGCAGUCAGCCGCUGGUGUAUGAUGGAGCCGCUGGAAUGAGCACAUCACAACUCAUGGACUCACAGCUCAUACAGGUGACGAUGCCCAUGCCUGGCUCUCAGCUCCGGUAUGGUUCCGCUCAACAGCAUCUCAUUCUGCCUCAGUCCAUCCAGCUGCAACAGAACCAGAACCUGUCUGUUGGAGCUCCACGCCGCAUGAUGCCUCCUGGAUCACAACCACCCAUCAUGAGUGCCAGCAGAGAGCCCUCUCAAAUGGAUAUGAAAGGAUUCCAGUUCUCUGAUAAACACAACCACUCACCUGGAAUACCCAGCGGCUCUUACAGACCCGGUUCUGCCAGCCCCAGUGGGAAGUCCUCUGGACCCGGAGCCCCUCCAGCCGUUGCUUCCCUUCCAGGUCAUUACACACAGCAGGUUUCUGGCCCUCAGGGCAGUAUGGUCAUGCACAUGAGACACCCCACCAGCGGCCCCAUAACAGAGGAUAACCCUAAAGAGCGCCGUGCAAAAUCAUCAUCUCUUAAAGAAUCCAUCAAAUCUGAUCCAACACAAGUGCAGCUUGCAUCAAAACCACCCAAUUGCUGGAAAGGUUCUAAAGUGCUCCUCUGUGAUUUUCUCUGA